CCACUAUCAGCGCAUCAUCCACUGCACUUCAGCCAUCGGACUGGCCUCUCUGCGCCCAAAGACGGCACCAUGCUAGGAGGCACAGGAGCUGGAAGUCUCUUGGAUGAGCACAUCGACCCGGACUACCAACCAACUGAAAAGGAGGUGGAAGAAUAUGCAGAAUGGCUUGGAAUGGAUUUGGAAAAGGAUCGGGAUCUCUUUUGGAUCGCCCGGGCUGGUUUGAAAGCUCCGCUUCCUGCGCCUUGGAAGCCCUGCGAGUCAGAGGAUGGGGAAAUCUUCUACUUCAACUUCGAGACAGGUGAAAGUGUGUGGGAUCAUCCUUGUGAUGAACACUACCGAAAAGUCUACGAGAAGUACAAGGCAAAGAAGGAAGCCGACAAAGCGACAGGAAAUGAUGACAAAAAGAAAGAUAAGAAAGACAAGAAGGAGAAGAAGGAGAAGGACAAAGCUCGAAGAAACAGCAUGGGCAGCGGUGACAUCCUGGGUUUGAGCGGUGACUUUGACGUGCCCAAGAUGGAUUUGCCGAAGCCUGGGGAGUCGCUCUUUGGAAAACCCAGCAAGAACAAGC